UUUCAAACAUCAACCAUCCGUGGUCAUUAUGUGUUAAAGUGAUUUGUUGUGUGUUUUCAAAUUGAGAAAAAAUAAGAACGAAUGAGAAGAAAAAAAUUGUAAAAUUGUGCUUGACGUUGAGUUCUUGGCUUGUGUAAUGUAAAUUUUUAUAAAAUUAAAACAGGAAAUUAAAUGAAAAUUUUUAAAAAAAUAAACAUGCCAACGAAAAAUGAACAAAAAUAUUGCAAAAAGUGAAAAAUUCUAGAAGGAUACCAAGAAAGUCCAAGCUCAGCACAACAAAAAAUAUACAUUUUUUUGUUUCAAACAAAGUAAACUGCGUAAUUAUUGCUAAAGUAAAAUAUUGUAAAAGAAAAUUUACUUUUAAAGGGAAAUUCCAAGUGGAAAAUUCAAAUUGAUAAGGAAAUUCAAUAUUUAAACAGUGCAGGAGAGUGAAAAUGAGAUACUGAGAAAAACAAAAUACACCAAGCAUUUUUUAUAUUAAACAGCAAAAAAAAAAAAAAAACACAAAUAAUCAGUUUAUUGUGGUUUAUUGUUGUACUUUGGAAGUGGAACGACGACUGUAAAAUCUAAUAUACAAAUAUACAAAGACAUAUUUUUGUUGAUGGUAUUUUAAGUUUAUUUAAGGAGUUGAUUUCAACAAACACUUCCAUAGCUCAUACCAUCAUAUAGAUAGAUACUAAGCAACCAACCAUUCAACCAAGUUACCAUCACUAUCAACACCACCACCAACCACGAACACUACCAACCAACCAAUAUCAAUAUCACAGCGCACUAGAGCGAAAUCAUCAUUUUGUUUUAUUACAAAAACUAGCGGCAGACGGUUAUUUACCCUUUUAUGAAAAAAAAAAAACUAAAAAUAUAAAAAAAUUGUACAAGCUGUAAAACGAAACGAUCUUUAGUAAAAAAAUACAACAUAAAGAAAUACGCUGACAGCAAAAAAAAUCUGAUUCUCAGACUUGAUGGUAAAUGGCUUAACACUAUAGUAAACAUUUGCAAACAUUCUUGUUAAAAUUUAUGGAACAAUUUUUGUCAGACGGUAAAAAAAGCUGCUGCUGUUGGACAAAGAAAAUAAACUAGAGUUAAAACAGCUGCAACUACAGCAACAAUAAUAAGUACAACACACGACAGUCUACAGCAACAAGAGUGGGUGCAGUUAUAGACCAGACUAUAGAAACAAUCCCAUCAACAAUUAUCAGCAAUUUGUAUAAUGUUUGCAUUGUAUUUUAACUAGAAAAAAGAUAUUAAACGACUACAUCAACAAUAAUAACAAUAAUAGUAUCUCCAACUGAUUGUGAGUAAUACUAUAGACAACAACAACACAUUGCUGCCAUUUAAUAUAAAAAAAAUAAAGAAGCAACAACAAUAGCAGCAAUUGCAACAACACAAGUAUUAUUAAAAAAAUAAACAUUUAAACGUAAUAAAGCAAAAAAUAAAUUAAAAAAAGAAACGUGCUAAAAACAGCUGUUACGGUUUUCAACGCCACCGCCGGACCGACUCUGCUGCUGUCAUUACAUUUUGCAGGAGUGUGUAUGAACCUAAAGUAAACAUAUAUAUUCAAAGUUUUUUAACGUGCUAAAAAUUAAUUUGCAAGUGAAAGAAACAUUUUCUUAAAUAAACAAAGACUUUUACAAAAGAAAACAAUAACAGCAACUAAAAAGCAAACAACAACAUGGUUAAAACAUUUCAAUCUUAUUUACCGUCCACCAAUCGGACCUACUCAUGUGUUCACUGUCGAGCUCAUUUAGCCUCACACGAUGAGCUUAUCUCAAAAUCAUUUCAGGGUAGUCAAGGACCAGCCUAUCUCUUUAAUUCUGUAGUUAAUGUGGCCUGUGGUCAGACAGAAGAAAGAGUACUGCUUACCGGACUGCAUGCAGUCGCUGACAUCUAUUGUGAGUGCUGUAAAACACCGUUGGGUUGGAAAUAUGAACAUGCCUAUGAAUCGAGUCAAAAAUAUAAAGAGGGUAAAUACAUCAUAGAAUUAGCACAUAUGAUUAAGGAAAAUGGCUGGGAUUGAACGUAGUGAAUUGUAAAUAGAAAAAAAGUUUGAUACUUUUAAGAAAAAAAGGCAAAGAACUACUACUGAGCUACGGUGAGACGUGAUAAAAUUUUUAUAUAUGACAGCAAGAAAAAAAUACUACUUUCUUUUUUGUUGAGCUGCUGGUCCUAAGGGAGAAAUAGUGGCUGGGAGUUUAGUUUACGCGUAAUCUAUAAGAACAUCAUCAUCAGCAACAACAAUAUAAAUAUUUUAAACAAAUACGUAUUAUUACAAAAAAAAAAAAAAAAAAAAACACAAAUCAUGCAUGGGACUUAUAAGUCUGAUCACAACUGAAGAAGAGUAAAAGCACAAAUGCAUUCUGUGUAUUGGGCCAAAAAUGAAGAUUUGUUUUGCAAAUAUGUAUCUUGGUUUAAAAACGAGGUUUGAUUUAAGUGUGGCUAUUUGUGUGUUUUACUACUUUAUAUACAUAUAUGUACGAGUAUUUUAUAAGUAGCUAUAAUUUUAAUGAAAAAAACAAAAUAUGAAAAUAUAUAAAAUUCUAGUUAAUUUUUAAUUAAUACUAAAGAUGUAAAGAGCAUUAACUUAGAAACACAACAUUUAGUUAAAAAUUUUCAAUAACAACAACAUCACCCACCUAAAAAAGAAAAAAAAAAAAAACAACACAAA